CCGGGCGGCGCGGAUUGGGCGCCGCUCGGCUCAUGGCGGCAGCUGCGGGGUCGCGUUGAGGCCGUCGCUGUCUUCGCUCCCUCCCCGCCAUGUGGCGCGGCUGCCGCUGGCUGCUGUGGGGGCUCUUCCCGCCCGCCCGGCUCCCCCGAUCGCCUUCUGGCUCUGGCGGGAGCGGCGUGGGGCGGCAGGGCCGGGGCCGGGCCUACGCCCCGCCCGCAGAGAGGAAGCGGUUUUACCAGAACGUGAGCAUCUCCCAAGGAGAAGGAGGCUUUGAAAUAAACCUGGACCACCGAAAGCUGAAAACCCCCCAGGCCAAGCUCUUCACUGUCCCCAGUGAGGCCUUGGCCAUCGCAGUGGCAACAGAGUGGGACUCCCAGGCAGACACCAUCAAGUUCUACACCAUGCACCUGACCACACUGUGCAACACAGCGCUGGACAAUCCCACAGAGCGAAACAAAAUGCAGCUGAUCCGUGCGGCUGUGAAGUUCCUGGAGACUGACACUGUCUGCUAUCGCGUGGAAGAGCCGGCUGCCUUGGCAGAGCUGCAGAAGAAUGAAUGGGAUCCCAUCGUUGCCUGGGCUGAGAAAAGGUACGACGUGGCAAUUGGCUCCUCGACCAGCAUCCUGGGGCCCAACAUCCCAGCGAGCACCAAGGAGACCUUCGUCAGCCAUUUGGCAUCCUACAACUCGUGGGCCCUGCACGGUAUAGAAUAUGUAAUCACCCAGCUGAAAUCUCUGGUUCUGUCCAUGGCUCUGAUUGACAGGCACAUUACAGUAGAGAAAGCCGUGCUUCUGUCUCGCCUGGAGGAAGAAUACCAGAUUCAGCGGUGGGGCAAUGUGGAGUGGGCCCACGACUAUGACCUGUGCGAGCUGCGUGCUCGUGCGGCAGCUGGGACUCUCUUUGUCCACCUCUGUUCGGAGAGCUCGACGGUAAAACACAAGCUGCUGCAGGACUGAGGCUGCUGGGCUGGGCGCAGGAGGAUGAUGCCUCAUUUGCUGGCAUCCAUGAGGCAUCCAUGGCUCAGGAUUGCUGGCAUGACCCGGAGGACUGUAACCGCCCUCUGGCCUCCACAUCUUUCCUGGGAUCAGGCUCAUACUGAGGAGCUGCCACUGUGGGAAGCUCCGUGCUCGGACAGCCUGCCACAGUGCAGCGCCAGCAGUUCUGAGUGCACAAGGAGGAAAGGUCAAGGUGAGCUUCUUCUGCAUCCCCAAGAUGGCAGCUCUGUCCGUUACCAGUGUCUGUAGCUCAUCGGAGGAGCUCCCACGGAAGAAACGGCUUCCUGGGAGGGCGCAGCACAGAUAUACCCAGCAUAUGCCACAUGUCUUAGUAGCUGCCAGCUCCUGACACACACUUGUUAUGGAAAUCUGAAAACAGACUCCAUUGCAUCUGUUCUUCAUCCCUUGG